CUGCGCAUGCGCCCUGAUGCCGCGGCCUCCGUGCGCGCUUCCGCCCGCUCGCGGACCGACAACAAUGAGCUCUCCGGUGGCCGGGCCGGGCCAUGGCUGUGAAUUACGCGGCCGGGCUCUCGCCCUACUCGGAUAAAGGCAAAUGCGGCCUCCCAGAGAUUUUUGAUCCUCCUGAAGAGCUGGAGAGGAAGGUGUGUGAGCUGGCAGAUUUGAUAAAGAGUUCUUCCAAUGUGGUGUUCCACACAGGGGCUGGCAUCAGCACCGCCUCGGGGAUUCCUGACUUCAGGGGGCCUAAUGGUGUCUGGACUAUGGAAGAGAAGGGGCUUUCCCCAAAAUUUGACACCACCUUUGAGAACGCCAGGCCCUCCAAAACUCACAUGGCACUUCUGGGGCUGCAAAGAGUCGGCAUCCUGAAAUUCCUGGUCAGCCAGAAUGUGGAUGGCCUUCAUGUGCGCUCAGGAUUCCCACGGGACAAGUUGGCUGAGCUCCACGGGAACAUGUUUGUGGAGGAGUGCAUGAAAUGUGGCAAGCAGUACGUGCGGGAUGCUGUUGUGGGCAGCAUGGGGCUGAAGCCAACAGGCAGGCUGUGCAGCGUCACCAAAGCACGAGGGCUACGGGCCUGCAGAGGGAAGUUAAGAGACACUAUUCUGGACUGGGAAGAUUCCCUGCCUGACCGUGACCUCACACUAGCAGAUGAAGCCUGCAGGAAAGCUGAUCUCUCUGUUACACUGGGAACCUCUCUGCAGAUCAAACCCAGUGGCAACCUCCCACUGAUCACAAAGAAGAGAGGAGGGAAGCUGGUCAUAGUCAACUUGCAAGCAACCAAGCAUGACAGACAGGCCGACCUGCGCAUUCAUGCUUACGUCGAUGAUGUCAUGACAAAACUGAUGAAGCACCUGGGACUGGAAGUCCCAGAGUGGACAGGGCCAGUGGUGGUGGAAAGUGCUGACUCUGCCAAGCCUGAACAGCUCUACAAAUUUAAGCCCGAGGCUCACGGGUUGCUCAAGGAAGAGUCCUUUUCCCAGCAUAAUGGAACAGCUGGGCAGUGCCCCGACCUUGGGACCACGCUGGUGGAGCACCAUGAUAGUCUGAAGCAGGAGUGUCCCAGUCUGGACACAGGACCACCACUGACAAAGAAGAUGAAGGUAGAGCCUCUCCUCACCUGACCCAGACUGUUCCCUGUCUCACUAGACACUUGUCUGUGCCACUUUUCCUACCGACUUUUUAUUUUUUAUCUCCUUAAGCUUUGUCUCUUUUUUAUGUAAGUAUUAAAUACACUUGAAUCAUGUA